AAACUAAUUACAAAUAGAAUUUGUCAUGAGAUUACUUAUAUCUACACAUUGUUUUUAAAUUAUCUGCAUAAUAUUGGUUAUUAAGAUACUGCUAUGUAAUUAAUACUGUUGUUUCGUAGAAUUUUAUUAGGCAGAUAAUUUAUGUAAUGGUUUGUUGUUUCUUAAACUAAUAUAGUUCAAAAAUACUAGCAUUAAUUUAAUUUUGUAACAUGAUGAAUACUAUUGAUAUGAAUUCCACGCGUGAACUUAUUCAAGAAAUUAAUAUGCGGCCCUCGUUCGAAACGAAUAUUUUCUGCCUGCGUGCAGCAUUGUCACACAAUGACACAGUACUGAAAGGGGUUAGUCGUGACUGAAAUUUAACCGAUGUUUCUGCCACUUAUUUCGUUUCAGAUCCUAUAAUAUAAAUCUAUAAAGUUUAACGUGAAAUCGAUGAAGAACUUCUGGCCAUGUUAUUAGAGUCUGCUAAUUGAAAUGCAUCGAUUGUUGUAUCUUAUGUGCAUCGUUUAUCGAAUUACAUUUUACCAUUAUCUCACAACUUGCAAAUAGAACGAGGUCAAAGGAAAAUGAAUCGAUCAAGUAGAAUGUAGGUCAUUACGGAUCAGAAUUUCGUCCAGGGCUCGAAGGAAAGACGAUAGAUUAACUGAAUGAAAUGAAAAACACGUUUCGCAACUCUCAGUCGUUAGUGUUUCAUCAAAUACUGCAUCCCAUGGUUUCCACGACCUUAUAACAAUUUUUAUAUUUCAAUAAUAAUUCAUCUAUUUUUCUGGUUAUGCAGCAGGGAUCAAUAGGUUGUUAGCGUACUGUUGAAAUGAUAGAGUUUAAAUUGAUUCAACUAAAAAGAAUUGUUUCAUAAAAAAAAAAUAAAAGAUCAAAGGAUGAAACGUUUCAUCGUGCUGCUGCAUAUUACGUUUGCCAACUAAGCUUAUUGGAUUUUCACGUAAUUUCAAGUCUUUCCAACGUUCUCAUUACGCGAGCCACCCUUUGCUCGCAGCUAAAAUUGAUUAGGAAAAUGAAUUCCACGGUAAUCCUAUCGCGACAUUUUUAUCUUAUUCAAUGCGAAUCAAGAUCGGUGCGGUCUGCUCGCAUAAAUAAGAAAAAUCACGAUAGAAGCGGAACUUUAAGCAAAUUAAAAUUUGGUCUUCCUUUUUCAGCGAAAAGAAGGAAGCUGAUUUAGAACUUUUAUUACGAAUUUUCAGUGUAAUCAGAACGAAUGCUUUCCGCGCAAUAUUUCGCGCGAAUGCGGAAGUUGAGAAAUUCCUUCCACUUUAUUGUUCCGUUCCUCGACGAAAUAUUUACAGAAAUUUUGCAAUAAUUCCGAGUUACGGUCUUUAUUUGAUCAACGCGCUGACCGUGCUUAAAGUACUCCUAAGUUUUCAAUCCUUUCGGAAAAGAAUUUUUAUAUACAUAAAUGAAAGAAGAAGUGUCACUUAAGCAAAAUUUUAUAAUUCAGUGUCGAUUUUAUUGGAAUCUCCAAGGUAAGUAUAUUUUAUUUUUAAAAUUUUUUGACGACAUACAAGGAAAUAGAAUUUUUUGAAGGUGUUAGAAGGGCCACGGAGGCGCAGUCGAGCGGAGAGUCGAUAGACAACGAGCACGUAAUUGUAGGCGCGGCGAAGAUGCUUCGAGCGUGCCUUUUCCAUUUGUCGAGGCAGCCAACGUCGAAGCAUCUUAUACCGUUCGUCCUCGUGGGCAUUCCAAGCGGGAAUUCUCGAAAGCCAGUUGUGCCGUAGAAACACGCGUCGCGGCUUGCCGCUCGCCGGUACUUUCGAGUGCUCGUAAAACAGCCGUUUUCUCGCAUUGUGCCGUUUUCGAGUGUGCCGAUUUUUCUUGCCAAAGGGGCUACCAUACAAUACCAGAGUAUCGUAACUACCUUACCUGGACGCCAUCAGACCCAACGGUCAAAUUCGGAUUGAAUAUAGCCAGGCAGGAUGGACGCUGAAACCGGGGCCAUUUUGGCCCUACAAAUAUUGGCUCUCUGUUCGAUAGUCGCCGCCCUGUUAGCCUAUCUAAUGCGGCAAUCGAGGAACGCAACGGACGAAUACGAGACCCGUAACAAACGUCAUGUUCUCGUUACCAGCUGCGAUACAUGCGUGGGUUUGCAGAUCGCCAUUGCGCUCUACGAGGUUGGUUACAAGGUAUUCGUCGGACUGUUGGAUCCAUCUGGCAACUCACCAUCGAUGAAGAUCCUGAGGGCGAUCGAGCAGCAGAAAGAAAAGGAGGACGAACCGGGAGACACGGGUCGAGGGAACCCGCAGGAUCCGGAAGUACGUGCUCGCGGCCAAAUCGUUCCAUUGGAACUGGACUCGACCAGGGAGGACAGUUUACGCGCUUGUUUGGACGCAGUUAGGGCGAAACUUCCGGCCGGCGAAGACGGUCUCUGGGCGGUCGUGCACACCGGUGGCUUGGCUCUGCCCGGUGUUAUAGAGAGACAGCCGAGUUCGGCGUGGGAGUCCAUGUUGCGACACAACUUGGUCGCGCCGCUUAGGACCGCCAGAAUGUUCAUUCCUCUUUUACGCGUGAAAAGAGGACGCAUCGUUCUUUUGGGCGAUUCGACGACGAGCUACGGGACGAAAGCUGGCACAGGGCUGGUAGCGUUCAGCGCUUCGAGGAAGGCGGUCGAAGGGGCUGCGGAGGCAUUAAAAAGCGAACUACAAUCGUCCGGAGUCGACGUGGUUCUUCUUAAACCACCGCCUGUGAAUCCUCUUAUUCUUUACAGCUCGCCCGUACUCAAGACAUCUGACGUGGAGUCUGGUAUAGUCUCAUCCGAGGGAACAUGGACUGCUCCGAUGUCGACUCACGCCAUUCAGAAUUCCCUGAUACCAGCACUCACGACACCUUGUCCACGAACUUCCUACGACAUGGUUGAUAAACCGAAGCUUUUCUGCAGAUGAAACGCCGGAUCUCGCGGAUACUAAGAAGUUACCUCCGGAUGAGUUAAUCGAUAUCACGUUAGGUUACGUAUCAGCCAGUAUACUUUUGUAAGAUUAAUGAUCGAAACGUUAACUUAAUGCCUAUUAAUCCUGCAUUGUACCCGUCGAUGUCGGAUGAAUAUAAUUGACGUUUCAAUUACCUUUCUAGUUAAGAGGCUUAAGCUUUCUCGACAGCGUGUGUGUGUGUGUGUGUACAGUUUUGUAAUUAAUAUAAUGUUAACAAAGAUUUGUAAUUCAUUUGUA